AUGGAUCCAGAUAAACAAGGUGCUCUUAAUAGUAUUGAGAAUUCCAUUUAUAGGACAGCCUUCAAAUUAUGAGCAGUGCAAACUCUGUGUCAGUUGGACUUGAUUGACAGUUCUCUGAUUCAGCAUGUCCUACUACGUCAAAGUCUCUGGGAGGCAAGAGAGAGUGCCCUCUCUGUGCAGCAGCUUUUUCAGGCUCUCCAGGAGUUGUUUCAGAGAGUCAGGGUGGAAAAACCAGGACCAGUGCACCCCAGAGCUUCGGAACUCACUCUGAGCCUUCUCACGGCCAUGUAUGACAGCAUGGGAACGGGUUUUCUCAAGUUUGCACCUGCAGCCGCUGCCCUGAUUGCCCUCUCAGGGGACAGCCCUCUUACAAAAUACAGAGCUCUUUUUCAGCUCUAUGCAGAAAGUCACAAGGGAAGUUAUGAUUCUGGGGCACGCAUGACCCGAAGGGUUUUGAGAAACCUACUAACAGAUCUACAACAGAUCCCGACUGUCGUGGGGGAGAGUCGUGCUCUGUGCUCUGUGAAGAGUGCUACACGCAGCUGUUUCCAAGGGGUGCUGAGCUCAGCCAUCAAAGAAGAGAAAUUCCUAUCCUGGUUACAGUCUGAGCCUCCCAUCCUCCUGUAGCUCCCAACCUGCUACCGACUGUCAGCCACUGAAAUGGCCACUCAUCCUGUGCAGUGUAGAAUCUGCAGAAACUUCCCAAUCACAGGACUGAGAUACCGCUGUCUGAAGUGUCUCAACUUUGACAUCUGCCAGGUGUGUUUCGUAUCUGGUCUUCACAGCAAGUCCCACCAGAAGUCUCAUCCUGUGAUUGCGAACUGCAUCCAGAUGUCAGCAAAGGACGACACAAAACUCCUCCCUAGGACCCUCAGAAACAACCUGCUCCAAGGGCGCUGCAGGAGGAAAGAAGCUGCGAGAAGGCAGUGGGUGCUGGACCAGGUAAAUCCAAAGGAUAUGGCUCACCAUGCACAGGCCAGGCUCCUUAAAAAGCAGUUAAAUCGGUACAAAGACAAGCUGCAAGCCGUAUACGCCUGCCAGGAGGAAAAAAGUUGCAGAUUGGAAACAAAGAUUCAUGAACUCACAACCAGCCAGGACAGUCUGUGGACCAAGCUCCAGCUAAUGGGACAGGAGCUACAGGCAAUGUUGCAGCCCCUCCAACCUUCAUCUUUUUCCUGUCAAAAUAUGGUGGCCAAGGGUGACUGUGGAAUAGGUGAAAAAAGGUUUUGGAAGGGAGGAGAUUCUUCCCAGACCAAGGAUGCCACUGAGGGGGAUCCAGAGCAGGAAGCUCUUCCUAAGGCCUUGGCAAUUGACAGAAGUCACCAAAGUCAAGCACGUGCAGGAGAUGCUCUAUCAAAUUCAGAAUCACCAGAGGUCGUUUUGCAGCCAAGGUCAACAGGUCAACAGCAGAGCACCAGGGCACAAAGCCAAGCACAAAAGACCAUGAAGGAACUCUUUAGUUUCUUACCCAGUUCCCAGGAAAGACUGCUGCAGGACACCCCCCAAACUGCCCCUACUGAAAUGAACAGUCCUGUUCUGGCACCUGCAGGAAGGAAACAGACAGUCAGUAUCCAGAAGGCAAAGGAUCAGGUAGAGGAAGAGGAACUGCAAGAAUUGUUGUCAAAACUCAUGGAUGCCUUCACUCUAGAAAUGCCUUCAGGCCCCGAGUCUUCAGCACACACAGACCUGUAUUGUGGAGCUGAGCGAGUGUGCAGGGCCUUCUCUGCCCUGAUUGAUCAGAUCACCUUGCCUAACUUGAAGUGAAAAGGAGUCCAGGAUCAAAGGCCCCUUGGGGUGA